GAUGAGUGGCAAGACAUUAGAGCGGACGGUAAAUCGGCCCGCGAGUAAGCGUCAAUGCGGAAUUGCAUAAACGAUUGUCGAGUUCGGUAAUCGAGAGUCUGCGUGCUGCUGUUAAUUGACGUAAAGUGACGGCGGGAGGCGUCGUACCAAGUUGUCGGGGUGUUUGGAGUGGCGCAGGGGUCGCCGGCAGCGAUGGCGUAUUGGCGUUCGCGAGCUGUUGCGGCAAUUUCGAAGGAGGCGGCCGUGAGCUGCUGAGUUUGUGGUUAGAAAGAGCGAGGCGUUUUGAAAAUUUUAACGACUGCCCGAGGAUGGCGGACAACCAGCAGAGCAGAUACGAGAAGUCCCUUGGAUUGCUGACCACGCGUUUUGUCACCCUCCUGCAGAAGGCCAAGGAUGGCGUGCUUGAUUUGAAAGUGGCUGCCGAUCUGUUGGAAGUACGACAAAAGAGAAGAAUAUACGAUAUCACAAAUGUACUCGAAGGUAUUGGUCUAAUUGAAAAGAAGAGUAAAAAUAGUAUUCAAUGGAAAGGAGCAGGACCCGGAUGUAAUUCACAAGAGGUUGGCGAAAAGCUUUCCGAUUUGAAAGAGGAACUGAGGCAAUUGGAAGAGCACGAACAGAUGCUGGAUCUGCAUACGCAAUGGGUCAAACAGAGUAUAAAAAAUGUCGAAUGCGAUUCGCAUAACACACGAUAUGCUUACAUAAAAUACGAAGACCUUAAGGAUAUUUUUAAAGAUGAAUUUAUAUUAGCCGUUCAAGCACCAACAGAUACACAAUUAAAUGUGCCAAAAAUUGAAAAAAUGGCAGAAAGUAGUAUUAAUAAGGAAAUAAAUUAUGAAAUGCAUUUAAAAAGCACAACGGGAGAAAUUUCUAUAUACAUUAUUCAACCAGAACUGGCUGAAUCUUAUGACAAUAACUGUUUAAAGCUUAGAUUACAACCAGAACCAAAAAAAAUUAAAAAAGACAAAGAUAUAGAGGAGAAGAAGGAAGAAAUUAAACCAAAGAAGAAAGUUGGAAGACCACCAAAAAAUGUUAGCAAAACUGUUUCUGUAUUAUCAGAAGACGAAGAAGAAGAAGAUCAAGAUUUAUUAGAAGCUAAGAUAGUUCUUCGAGAUGUCGAUAUGACAGGCUAUACACUUCAUAAUCUAGAUUUUAUUGAUGAAAUUUAUGCUGGAAUUUGUGGUCCAUUAGUAAGGCUUAGUCCUCCACCCGAAGAGAAAGAUUAUCAAUUUAAUCUUAGUGACAGUGAAGGUCUGUGCGAUCUUUUUGAUAUUGUGGCACAAUGAGUCCAAGUUAUUUUACUUUUUUUUUUUUAAUGAUUCGACAUGUACAUGCGACUUAUGUCAGUUAAAUUCGUGAUGAAUUUGAGUCUUGUUAUUGUUAAUCAAGGCUGAUGUAUAUAAUUUUAAUGAAUGAAUGAUUGUGGCUAAUGUCGGUGUCUAUACGGUAAUUUUGAUAUUGGUUUAAGAAGAACUAUGAUUUCCAUAGACAUUACUCGUUCAAUUGAUAUCUUUUUGAAUUCAUUUAAAUCAAUGAUCAAGUUAUUGUUUAUUAUGGACAAUAAUGAUGUGUCUAUUAAAUUGGCGCUCUUAUAAUAACGACGCAGUAUUUACUAUUUAACAUUUUUAUUUAGCCUUGUACAUAUAGUAAAUGUUAGCAAGCGUUAUAUUAUAAAUAAAAGUGAACAAUGAGCAUACGACGCUUUAUGCCAUUGAAUAUUAAUUUGGAAUACAUAUUUUUGAAAUUUCAAGUGAUACAGUUGUCAAAAUAAGUUUGAAUAAACAAGCUAAAUAUCACUGCAUGAAAUAACGCCUGUAAUGAAAAUUUUAACAGGUAUUGUUACAAGUAUUUGUGAAUAUUUUUCUCAAGCAUUAUUAAUUUUAUGUAAAUCUUAAGAACUCCAUGCACCUAAUAUAUUUUCGUUGAAACAACAGAUAAAAGAAUAAAAAGUUUCGUACAUA